AAAAUAAGGUUGAAACAUUGGCAUAUCAAAAAGUGAAACACAUAAAAAAUAUGAAAAUUCAUAAAAAUAUUAAAAUAUUAUAAAAUAUUCUAAAAAAUUUUAACUAAAUUCAAAAUAUAAAUGUUUAUACCAUUUUGUCAACAUAAGCUCAGGAACGAAUGUGAGCACGCAUACGGCUAUGCUAAUAGUUAUAAUAGAAGGCGCCACGAAGACCCCGAUUAUUUGGAUCAGCAUGCCUGGGAUUUCAUACGCACAUUCAGCGAUCAGACGCAUAAAAAUUAUUUGUUAGCUCGCCACUUGAAGGCCACCUCGAACGGACAGUGGAAAACAUUGCAAUGGCUUAUGCAAGGAGACCUGGAUGCGGUCUUAGACAAGCGGUUGGCCAAAAAGACGUCUGGUAAAGGUCCAAAGACCGCAAAGGCUGGCGUAUGCUGCCAGGAGAGGGUCGAUAGGUCAAUUUUUGUGCCUUUAACCAAUUAUGUUGGUCCGGAAAAUAUUGAACAGUUAAUAUCCCAGAAAUCUCAACAUGUUUUAGACUUUACCAUUAAGAGAAUGAAUGAUGAAAAGCAGGAUAUGUAUUCACAUGCUAAUCAAAUCAACGAAAAAGAGGUUAAAACAUUUCCAGACAAUAAUCCGAAUCGAGUCAGGUACGGAAAAACUCCUGCAGACGUGACGGUUAAACGCGGUCUAGGCAGUACAGGAUUCCCGCGUAUUGAUGAGGAUCUUGAGCGAGCUGGCCAAAAGACAUAUGGUCUUGAAUUGGGACACACAAGCACGUUGAAAAGUAUAACCCCUUUGGCACAUCGCCCAACAGCCGGUUAUUUAACAAGCUUUCAGCGUAGUAUAGAGAAGAAUCAAAUGAAGAAUUUCAUAAAAACUAUGAACCAAUUCUAUGCAGAUGUUACCGAACCCCAGCCUAUGGAUGUAGACAGUGUGGAGGAGUUACUGCAAGCACUACAAGAAGAAUUCUAUAGAACUUUCUCAUACGAGUAUAAGAGACCCUCAAGCAGCAAGCGGGAGCAAUCAAAGCUGCGUCUGUCUGCGAUUAUCAGAAUGUUAAAGAGCAUGCCAGGCUAUGAAGCUUUUGAGCGUGUAUUGUAUCAUGAGCCUUUUGAUCGCGACAAACCAUGGACCUGGAUGCGGACUUUCCCCAAACGCAUUCCCAAGGAAUAUUUGAAUAGAGUAUCAGAGAACAUAUUAACUGAAAUGAAAAAAUGGAAACGCCAGCAAAAGAUUAUUGCCUUAACAUAUUCUCCACGCAAACGAGUUAUAGCUGCUAUAAAAAAUCCAAGGCUUCAAAGGAAACGUGGACGGAAAAAUUUAAAAAGUCAAAACCCAAAAGAGCACUUAGACGAUGACGACUAUUAAAUAUUUGGACAUGUGGAAAUUUGCCACAUGUAGCAGCGGGUUUGUACAUGGAAAAGAUUACGGAAAUUAAUAUAGUGGGUUGACUGGAAAACUUACAGGAAAAAAAACGCUCUCAUUGUGGUUAAUAUGAUAGAUUGUUUCGAAAAAUUUCGGGACUAAAAUUUUUUCCACUAAAUUCUACAAUUUUGAUUUUGCUGGGACAACUGUUUUGGACUUUCCUUCCCAUGAAACUCAACAAUUGUGAUUUUUGGGACAAAAUUUACUUUUUGGGACAACGAAGUUUUAGUACUUAAAUCUUUACCUACAAAUUUCUGCAAUUUCGCAAGAAAAUCAACAAUUGUAAUUUUUGGGACACAUUUUCAGGUAUAACUUUUUGGGACAAAUACAAACCCAGCUUUUGGGACAAAAGUCUUUUGAACAAACUUUUUUGGGACAUAUCUCUAAAUUAAAAAUUAUUAAAAAUUAUUUUUUUCGGUAGCUACUUUUUGGUUUUAUGACUCACUUAUAUUGAACACGGCUGCUAUGGAUUCGAUUUAAAUCAAACUAUAUCUUAAACUCUUAUGUACCUAUAGCAGGUUAAUGUAAUGAAAAUUUAUGUUAUAAAACUAAUGACAUUUUCGUAGAACUUUUUGUACAUAUAUUUCAUAAUUCAAAAUUAACAUAAUUAAAAUAAAAUUUGUUUACUUUUCAAAAAAAAAAACUUUAUUAAAUUUAAUAAAAACCCCAUAUGUACGCUAAUUUUCUCGCUGGCACUUGGCGGUAAGUGGUUGAAGAUGUGCACGUGCCGAAAGCGCGUGGACGAUUACCAUCGAUUCGCUCGCAGAAAUAAGAACUCGCAAUGCAAACGGCGUGAGUCAACUAAUCGUAUUAGCGUAGGCGAAGUGAACUCCUCGAAGACUGUAUAUAAUGUUUCAAACCACAAAUGUGCUAUGCCUAAUACAGAAAACGUCAGAAAAGGGCGACCCAAGCGCAAGACUAAAUGCAAUAAAAGGAUUAAAGAAACACCUUCGAUUCCAUUUACCGCCUGUUUCAACGCUGAUGGACGACGUGUGUCGGAUCGCGGAACACCAGACAAUGAAGCAAAUAUUAAAUGGCGUCCUUUAGGUCAUGCUCUGCGGGCGGCAUAUGCUUUUGCACCAGAACUGGGCGUUGGUAACACGGGGUUAAGUAGAUGUAAUCCAAAACCCCGCACAGCGGAGUCUCCCGUUGCCAUUCGAGUUCAGCAAGUAAUUGACAUAUUGGGCGAUCUCAGGAAUAAAAGAAUUGGCGACUAUCGGCCGACAGCAUACGUCGCUAGAGGUGGGGACGUUUUCCGUGCUAAAGGUGGCACUGCUGUUGCUGGAAUUCGCACGCGAAACGAACCUCCUUGUGCUCAAGCAACGCCUAAUGUUAUUUCUGCCCACAAAGAUGCUUACAACCCAUGCGUUGGUCUGUUGUAUGACAAAGAUGAUACAUUUAAAUGUAUCGCUUGCACUCAAACCGGCGGUAUUGUCAACUACAGAGCAGCUCGUGGCGAGCAAAGAGUCGCACCCACAAUGAGAGCAAAACUAACUGCAGCUAAAGAGAAGCAAGAAUUCGCGUGCCUCAUUAAUAAUUUAUCUAAUCAUUAUACCUACGUAAAUGGCGACGACGCAAUGAAAGAGUACGAAAUGCAAAGCAAAAGGCUCGAGAACCUAGAACCGACAGCAAUUUUGCAAGAGUCUUUUGAAUUGGAGAGGCCUUCGACUUGGAGAACAAUUUUUCCCAAAAACGUCGUCAACAAAUAUCUAAAGCGAUACUCUGAUUGAUGAAACGAGCGAGAUAAGCAAGAGGGAAAACGACAAAAGAAAGACCUAUUAGUCUCGAGAGAACUUUCAGCGUAGCAGCUUCUAGUUUUCUAUGACAUUUAGUCAAGAAAUGGAAUUUAAAUUUGCGUCAUCAAAGGCAAGCUGAACAUUUUUUGGGAAAAAGUGAAGUCCUUGAGACAAAACAGCUUCUGGGGAUUAGAAUUUAGACGCACACAUCGCAUUUAAUACGAUAAGCAGUGCUUUUAAAUUUUCUAUGCCAUAUGCCUUUUGUAGCUAUUUUGGAAAAUAUAUUUUUAUACCUUGGUAA